CUUACGUUUGCCGUACUAUAACGACAUGUGAAAGAGAGACAGAUAUACGUAUUAAAUGGACAAAUGUUGUGUAUAUUUAAGUCAUAAAUGAUGAUAUGAAAUAAUCAUAAACAAUCAAAACUUAUACUGAAAAAGAAUGUUAAUAUGAAAAGAAAUUUAAAGGAGUUAUAAUAUGUAUAAUAUGAACGCUUUUAUUAUUGGAAAUCAUGAAGUAGUUUACUUGCAAUUUUUUUGAAAGCAUUUUAAUUGGAUAUGAACUGAAUUUGAUAAUGGCAACAAGAAUAAGGUCGAAAUCUCAAGUGAUGGAGGCUAAAUCUACCACCGACAAUCUUGAGAACAUAAGCCGGGUUUUGAAAAAAGUUCGUGACUACGUCAUCCUAGUCUUCGCCUUCGUCCUGUACAGACUUGCCCGUCUCAUAGUAUUAUCCUUCCAGAAAUUUACGUGGGCAGUAACCGGGGUUGAGAAAACCAGACGAGAUGCCAAAAGUGGCCUUAACUUCCGGUCUGGUGCGCAUGUGCAGGAUAUAAAAUGGCGCCGAAAAAUCCACCCACUAGUCAUAGCAGAUCAGUCAAAUUUCAUAACAUUUCAUAAUUCGUUCAAACAUCCAAACUAUGUACUAAAGCCACAUGUUUCGUUGUAUUGUGUUACCAAAACAGAAGCAGUGUUUGUUGAAAUGGACGAAAAGAUGGAUUUGCAGAAUAGUACGGAAACAAAUUUCUAUACAGCACAGUUUAAGUUUGCCAAGAGAAUGAUAACAAUACCGUUAGGAGUAUUUCAUAAACUAGCACAGGAUACUGGAGACCCAAGGGUGCCAGUUGUUUUGAUCUCAAGUACUGGGAGGUGUGGUGCUACAUUGUUGAGCAGAAUGUUUGAGCAAGUACCUGGAACCAGAAUAAUCCAGGAACCAGACUGUCUUACAACACUUGCCUUUUUAAAACGGUCUGGUUCCCUUUCCGACGCAGAAUAUGAUAAUGUUCUCACAAGCGCAGUUCGUCUGUUAUGUAAACCUGACGACAAAACAAACAUGCUUAUAAUUCGUUCGCGGCCAUGUUGCUGUGUACAGAUAAAAACAAUACAGAAGCUUGUUCCCCGCAUACGUCACAUAUUUCUCUACCGCAAUAGCUUACGUACCGUGUCUUCGUACAUUGGCACUAUGUCCAACGACACAACGGCCCAAUGUGCCAAAUUUCUUAUUGACAAUGCUGUUCUCGCGACAUUUUUACCCUUUUUGAGAAAACUGUUCCAUCACUACUUUGUUCAAACGCUUGAUCAAGAUCCACCUUUAACAAAUCCAACAGAUCUGACAACUGUAGGAAUGUUUUCAAGCGUCUGGGCGGCUUGUGUCGCUUGUGCCGUUGAAUGUACAGAAAAGAAUAUACCGAUAAUUUCCGUUCUUUACGACGAAAUGAUGAAGAAUCCUUGGAGAAGUUGUAGCGUCCUUUUCGAAAAGCUGAACAUUCGCUCCCAGUACGUAAAUGCAGCGACACAAGCUUUUAAAGUAGAUGUAAAUAAAAACCAAGAUAUUUGUCAAACGUUUAUGAACACUGAUUCUAGAAGAACUAUUCCACCGGAAAUGAGAGCAGAAUCUGACGCCAUUUUGAGAAAGUACGGGUUUCCAAAGCUAGGAGAAAGAUUUGAAUUGAAUGGGUUGACGAAUUUUGACCCUCCUCCUUUCAGCAAAACAAUGUCUAAAGACAAACUUUUAUUUUAAAUAUAUUUGAUAUAGGACCAUUUUUAGUGUAGAAUAGUUAAAUGAUUUUUUUUCUUUUUGGAUUAUCAUCAAAUAUUUUAAAAUUUAUAAAUUGAUUACGGUUCGUUUUAUGUUUUUAUUGUACCGGUUUACGAAAUAAUUCUUGUUAAUGAUUGUGUUACUCAAAUACUAAGUGGAAAAGCAGUAUAAACAUUUUGAACAAA